AUGGGUGUGAGUGAUUUGUAUUUUCCUGAUGAGCCUAAAGGGCCAUCCAUGAAAACUAAGUGCCCUGGCCCAGAGACGGAAGCAAAACUGGCUGAAUUGUCAACAGUGUUUGAUACGAAAAAUGCUAUAUUUGUGGCUGAUUUCUAUAACUCGCUUGGAAACUACAUUUGUGAUGCCGAUGGAAAUAUACUUCUUGAUGCGUACUGCCAAAUUUCUUCGAUUGCUCUAGGAUACAACAAUCCAGAACUUUUGAAAACUACCAAGACCAAGGAGAUGUCAGUUGCUUUGGCAAAUAGACCUGCUCUUGCAUGCUUCCCUUCAACUGACUAUUACAAAAUCCUUAAGGAAGGAUUGCUUUCGGUUGCUCCUGAAGGAUUGAAUAAGGUCUACACUGCACACACAGGAUCAGACGCUAAUGAGAUGGCAUUCAAAGCCGCUUUGCUAUAUCAGGCUACAAAGAAAAGAGAUGGAAAGCCAUUCAGUGAAGAAGAGAAGGCAUCUGUGAUGAAAAAUGAGUUUCCAGGAGCUUCUGAUAUGGCCAUUUUAUCUUUUACCAAGGGAUUUCAUGGUAGGUUAUUUGGAUCGCUUUCAACUACUCACUCGAAGCCAAUCCACAAGUUGGACAUGCCAGCAUUCAAAUGGCCUGUUGCACCUUUCCCUGUUCUGAAGUAUCCUCUUGAAGAUCACGUGGAGGAGAAUAAGGAGGAGGAAGCAAACUGUCUUAAGGAGUUGGAUCAUAUCUUGGCCACAUACCCACACCAGAUUGCAGCAGCAAUUAUUGAACCUGUUCAAAGUGAAGGUGGUGACAACCAUGCCAGCCCUACUUUCUUUAAAGGUGUUAGAGAACUAACCAAGAAGCACGGUGUUCUUAUGAUUGUCGAUGAAGUUCAAUGUGGAGGUGGUGGUUCAGGAAAAAUAUGGCUUCAUCAGCACUACGGUAUCACACCAGAUAUUAUGACAUUCUCGAAGAAGAUGCAAAAUGCAGGAUUUUUCUUCCAUGAUCCAGCGAUUGCCGGUGAUACACCUUCAAGACAAUUCAAUACUUGGUUCGGAGAUCCAUCCAAGGCCUUAAUUGCAAGAACAAUUGUCCAUGAGAUCAAGAAGAACCAUCUUCUAGAUGAGGUGACGAAGACAGGUGACUACUUAUAUUCGAAGCUUGAUGCAAUUAGAAAAAAGCAUCUCAAAUUGAUGCUCAACCUUAGAGGCCAGCAUAGGGGCUUCUUUGUUGGAUUCGACCUGCCAACUGUUGAGCUUAGAGAUAAGUUCAUUUACACAUGUAGACAGAAGGGUUUGAACCUCGGAGGAUGCGGUGAUAAAGCUGUUAGAUUGAGACCGGCUCUUGUUUUCCAGCCAAAACACGUUGAUAUUCUUGCCAAAAUUAUGGAAGAAUCCUUCGAGGCUCUUGAAUAG